UUUCCUGACGCGCGCGACGCAGCUUUUUGACGUACGGCGAAUGAGCUGAUUGCGCCGUGAUUAAUUUUUCAAUUACUACUAAAAAUAGUAAAAUAAGUAGUCUAGUCUUUCUUACGUGUAACGUAUGAUGAACGAUAAGAACGGUUACAAUAAUAGUGAUUUUAAGCGUAAUUCCAACCAAGACAUGCAAGCCGAUGCCGACCACCACGAUCAAGAUGGCGACGAAGGAGCGAAAAUAAAUGAUAAAGCCGGAGAAUACAUGAGAGAAUUGUUGAGUGAAAAAAUCAAACUAAACACUGCUAAAUUCCCGUACGCUACUAAACUCAUCGACCAGGAGGUUACCAAGGUGCAAGCGUCGGGCCGGCUUCCGCCACGGGACUUCAAAUAUGUCGAUGUGUACCAUGAGAAGCCGGUCAAAGUUACCGUUAAGGUCCUGGUGCCCCUCAAAGAACAUCCCAAGUUCAACUUUGUGGGCAAGCUGCUGGGCCCCAAGGGUAACACCAUGAAACAGCUGCAGGAGGAGACCAUGUGCAAGAUGGCUGUGCUGGGGCGGGGCUCCAUGAGAGACAGACAAAAGGAAGAGGAGCUCCGUAACUCCCUGGACCCCAAGUACGCGCACCUGACGGACGAGCUGCACGUGGAGAUCUCCGCGCUGGCGCCGCCGGCGGAGGCGCACGCGCGCAUCGCGUACGCCCUCGCCGAGGUGAAGAAGUACCUGCUGCCCGACGUCACGGACAUGAUGGGGGGACCCCCCAUGAGGGAAAUGGGACAGAGAGAUGGAGGGCAGCGGCCGCUCCUAGCCGGCCCUGGCCCGGCCGGUCGGCCCGAAGUGCAAUACCGCGCCUUCACGGCCACCAAACGGUCCCUAUCUUACCAGGGGCCCGUGGUCAGCGAAGGUCCGCCGCCGCGGGGCGGGCCGCCGGGGCGCGCGCGCAUGCCGCCAGCGCACGCGCACGCGCAUCACCACGCGCCGCACGCGCCGCCCAUGGGCCCGCCGCGUAUGGGCGCCAAGACCAAGGUCAUCAGCAUCCUGGACCGCGCGCGCUCCGCCAUGGAGUCCUCGUACGGGUACGACGACCCCUACGCCGCGCCCGAGCCCCCGGUCCGCGGGCCACCACGCGCGCCACCCGCCGACGACUUCUACUACGGCGGCGGCGGCCCGGACCGGUACUACGAAGACGAAGGCUACGGCUACAAGGAGGAGCGCGAGUUCAAGUCGUCGCGCGAUGUAGGCACGCGGCGCCCGCAGCACCGCGCCUACCAGCAGCAGCGCCCGCAGCCCUACCAACGCCCGCCCAAGUAAUUGCCCGCUCCGAAAAAGCGCUCACUGUAAGUAUUUCCACAGUGAGUAUACAAAACAGGAUCUAAAUCAACACAAAUACAAUAUGACAAGCAAAAAAUCAAGACAAAAAUCCUAAAAAAUGGACUCCCAAAACCGUGUGUAACCUUCAACUUGCAAGUACAUAAUUAUUAGUUAACAUAUUAUAAUUUUAAUUGUUUAAUGGACCAAAACUUUUAAACAUUCUUCUUAUACAGAAUUAUGUCUAGUUUGGUAAAAUGUUGCAACAGCAAAACACUAAAAUAUCAUCAGAUAAUUAUUUAGCCAUCUAAAUAAUGUUGAAAAGAUUGUGGUAACAAAUAUUUUAUUAUGUUUUUCAAGAAAAUGAAAAUGAUUUAUGUUUUUUUAUAUCAAUAAAAUUAAUUACUAAGGCGCACAGGAAUGCAUGCUCUGCCGAAAUCGUCAAAAAAAAAAAACAAAUUGUGCACCGAUUUGGUAAAUAGGUAAAAGUUUUAAAAUAUGAAUGUUUCGUGUAGACUUUUUGAACAAAAAUUCUUAAAUAUGCAUCACUUGUGUAAUAAGUAAGACGUUGCUUUUUAAAUAAGCUUAGGCAUUGAUAAUUUCAACAUGUUUUGAUGUAGCCUUUCAACACUAAAAAGCACUUGUAGUGUAGAAAAUAUUGGAGCGUUAUGCCCAUAAAAUGUAUCACUAAAUAUAACAAAACGCUUGUAAAAGAAGGUACCUUCACGUAGGGUUAUUAAAACAUGUUGAACCAAUUAUUUAGAUUUAAAUAAAUGUACUACACCAAUUCUUGUGUGACUAUGAAUAAAUAAAAUUAAAAAAAAUAAAACAAA